CAGCUGGAAGUUCGCCAAUCUAAUAAAACACUAUACACACAUAUAAAUAUAUAUAUAUUCAUAUAUAUAUAAAUCAAAUCAAAUUAUUUAUAAUGUGGCUCAAGUAUUUGGUUAGCCUGUGGCUGGGCCUGCUUCUUGUGGGAGCAGCCAUUGUGCCACAGGAUGAGCAUCCACGAGGACUGGACAGCUCAAACUCAACGUUGGAGCUUGUGCAUGUGCUGUUUAGACAUGGCCCGCGCACACCUGUCAACACAUUCCCCAAAGAUCCACAUAUAAACGAAACUUAUGAGCCCUAUGGCUGGGGUCAGCUGACGAAUGCAGCCAAAGUGGAGCUCUACAAAAUAGGCAAACAGUUGCGCAAGCGUUACAAAAACUUUCUGCUGCCCUACUAUCAACCGGAUCUGCUGCACGCCCAGGCAACACAAUCAUCACGCACUAUUAUGUCGCUGCAGAUGGUGCUGGCCGGCCUGUUUCCGCCAGAGAAUACGCCCUUGGAGUGGAAUAUGCUCCUCAACUGGCAGCCCAUACCCAUCUACAUGGAGCCCGAGGCCACCGACAAGAUCCUGCGCCAGAAGGUGCCCUGCCCUCGAUACGAUGAGGCCGUCUGGGAGGUAAUGCACACGCCAGAGGUGCUCGCUUUACAUGAGAAGAACGCUGAGUUGCUACGCGAGCUGACCGACUUGACGGGCCUUAAUGUCACCUAUGCUCAUGACGUGACUAAUGUGUUCAUUUCACUGCAAACACAGCUGGCCUACGGCCUGAAGCUGCCAGAGUGGACAAAGGACUACUUCCCAGACAAAAUGCGUCCGCUGGCAAUCAAGGCGUAUACAUAUGAUGCCUAUACGCCGGAGCUGUGCAAGAUCAAAGGUGGCUAUUACCUGGAGGACCUUUACAAGCACAUACAGGCCAAGAUUGACGGCGAACUGGAGCCAGCGGGCAGAAAGUUGUUCAUCUCCUGUGCACACGAUUGGACCAUAUCCAAUGUGCUCAGCGCUCUGAAUGUUUGGGGAGAUAGGAUGCCUCGCUUCUCGGCACUGAUUGCCAUCGAGCUGCACCGACGCACAGACAGCGGCGACUACUUCGUGGAGAUCUAUUUUCAAAAUGAUCCCAACAAGCCGCCAGAGCUGCUGCAGGUGCCCGGCUGCGACAAGCAGUGCCCCAUUGAGCAGCUACUGAAGCUGUCACAGGAUGUGCUGCCCGAUGCACCCUACGAACAGCUGUGCAUUGCCAAGGGCACCAGCGAUGGCACACACAUCACAUAUCACAAAUGAGCGGCAUUCUUAACUUAAUCUAGCAGUAUUAACUACAGUCUAUAUAAAUGAAUGGCUUACAUAAGAGCUAUAUGUGUAUAUAUAUGUAUUAAAAUCUAUUCGCAUGCACAUGAUUUGCUGUUUGAUUGAUUUGCACGCCACACGAACAGCCUAGCUU